AAGUCCCGCCCAAACCGAUCUUGGUCUGCCGUCCAUCGGCUCGCUCGACAUUGCCUAUCCCGGGCAAGAGACCUCCCUCGGGACCGCUGGCUCGAGACGCACUGCCGGGACCGGUCUCUUUCUCUCUGCCCCGACCCAACUCAGCUCAACUCAGCUCCAACAACCCCCACUGCUCGCUCGAACGAUCCAGGCUGCUCAUGGCUGACCAGGCAGCCGCUCCGCGAGCCUACUCCUCCCGCAUUCCGAGACUCAGGGGUGCCCCGGUCUCGCCAAAGGGCAACCAUAGACUCCAACCCUCUGAGCCCGAGAGCCGCAAUGCCGCCUCAAGUUCUGGGCCAUCGCACGUCCGUGCCGGCCUCGCUCGAGCUCGAAACGAACCCGAGUCCUUUGGGCCAAUGUCGACUGCCAGCGACUCGCCCUUUGCGCAGAUGGCGACGCAUAUUCACGCCAACCAGUUCGGAGGGAGGCUGCAGGGCCUCGAAAAUGGCCGGAUUCGAGUGCGUCCCGCAUCACCGAUGAACUACAAACCCCGCAGCCAAAGUCCCGAGCACGAUCCGGCCGAGCGGCUCGUCCACAAUAUCCGCGAGGACGAGGCCCUGCGCUUCGCCCGGCCAGCACAAAGCCGCUCUCGACUGCGAACAGCCAGCGACGAGGCCGACCCGGACCAGAAUCAGCGGACAACAAGCAAAUUCGAUCCUCUGGUCUCGGGGUAUGGGUCGGCACCGGGACCGGUGGCUCCGCCGGAGAGUGAUUUUCGGUCGAGUCUGGGCAGCAGACAUCGUCACCCAAGAUCGUCACCUCCCCAGCCCGAAUACGUCUUUGUUCCCCCGGCCGCACCCAAGUACUUCCUGUGGGAUAGCACUCCGAUCGGACCACCGCUGGAUCUUUCUCGAAUCGGGCUGGUGCCGGAGUCUGUUCGUGUGCACGCACCGUCGAUCCAGAGCCUCAAAGCCCGCUUCUUUGGUGUCCAAGGGGAGCUCGGGUUUCUGAUCGGGCGCACAGUCUCGGACUACCUGCAAGAUGCCCCAAACUCGAUCCUGCUUCUGGACCGCUUCGACGCUGGGAAGAGGAUCUGGAACGGCCAAGACAGCUUCAUUGUGCCCAGCAUGGUCCUGCGCGACGAUAUUGUUGUCAAGGUCACCCGGGGCGAAUGCGCCGGAUCGGCAGUUGAUCACCUCCGGGUCGUCGGGGCCAAUGAAUACUAUUUUCUCCUGAAGCUCUUUGAAACCUCGGUCCACCAGCCCGAACCUGGCCCAGCCCUGAGCGGAUUAGUUCCAAGCCUGAUUCACUGCGUCAAUGUUCGAGACGAGAUACUUCACUUGUCGUUCCGUCUGCUGCUCCCGGUCGUCAACUUUCGCCUCAUGCCCAUCUAUGCCCUCCGACUGGUCCCUACAACAUUGACAUCUCGUUUGACUUCCGGGGAGCAGUCGGACGAACUAUCGUUUGGCUAUGUCACAAUCGACCAGGCCCGCCAAGUGCUCCCGCUCAGCAUGAGCGAUCCGAAACUCGGCAGCAUGCCGCUUGUUGGCAUCUGGAUCAACCAAAUCCCGAUAGACAGCCACCAAAUCUACCAGCACUGUAUUCACUUCAUCAAGAACACGAGCUUGAGGUUCAUGGAGACCGGUCGCCCAAUCAUGUUGAUCGUGUCAUUCGAAAAGCGGCCUAGUGGCACAAGGUUUUGCUUGCCCAAGUUCUAUGAGUGCGUCUACCAGAUCAACGACACCCAGCCGCCUUUCCGCCCCUAUGGAGGCGACAUUCAAAUCGAAAUCGACUCAAUGGAGGAGCAAUCCCAGCACUGCGUGAUGGAAGUCAAUCCGAUUCUUCCGGCCUCGGAGCCUGGCUUUGUCGAGGCCAUCCGAGACAUGUUCCAGAUUAAUCUUGGACCGCCAUCACCGGUCGCCGUCGAGCCUGUCUUGACCUCAAAUGCACUGGUUGGUGCAUCAGACUCACCCGAUCAAUCAUCUGAAACAACUGCAAGUCGAGGAAGGUCGGCGGCAUUUGCGACGCCAGAUGCACACGGCUCAACGCAAGUGAAGGACGGCUCCUCCAGUCCAGGCCGUCGAGAUAACAGAGAAUCAUCAAUGGAUCGCAGCGCCGGUCAAGACGACCAGAGACUGGAUCACAGGACCGUCCACGUCGCAACAGAUGCGUCUGGUCAUCUGGACUCGAUCGAUAUCACACCCAAGGGAACGGCAUCUGCAGCAGCUCGCACCGAUCUUCCUCCGCCUGCGACGGCAGCCAAUGAAGCCGUGCUGCUCCAGCAACAGAUGUACAUUGCUUAUCUCCAGCAGCAAAUGGAUAUUAUCCGGUCGCAGCUGUCCCUGAUGACGAUGCCGGGACUUGGCGCUGGAAUCCCCGGCAUCGGUUCCGGGAUGCCUGGGAUGCCCGGCUUCGGCAUUGGGCUCUCUGGACUGCCAGGCGCGAUCCCAAGCGUUUCACCGAUCGGCACGGCGUAUGGCAUGAUGCCAGCCUCCGUCCCUCCGACUCCACGGCCGCCUCCUGCCGAGUCAAGGUGCACAGUAGGGACAAACACAAGCCUGGUUUUUGAAGCGACAGCUGUAGCCGGAGCAACCGAUGGACGUCUACCCGAGGAUGCUGUGACCAGCCGGAGUGGCCAAAGCGGGCCCGCCCAGCCGCCACCGGGAGCACGGACGGAUGACAAGCCGCCGCAGGAUCGUGGGUCUGAGCAGAGACUCGGCUACACCACCGAGGGCGAUGCCGGCCUUGUGAUUGCACCGACGGAGAGGUUGCAGAUCUUUGAUCAUGUACGAGGCAAGCAUGGCGGUUUCACACUCCCACCCGACACCGGAAGCAACUAUCGCCCGUUUUGGGGGAUCGACGACAUACAUGACCAGCCGGCCCAUCUCAAAUCAUCCACCUCCAAGGACACUCCAGCAGACCUUCACCUUUCCGAAACAAGGUUUUCUGGCAACAACACCAGCUCUGCUGUCAUCGACAAGACCCAGGACCAGUUCCAGGAUCUUUCCCACAUCAUCCGAACCGUGCCUGCUGACCUGCAAGCCAAGGGCCGCCACGAGGCCAUCGUGCCCGAAGCCGAUCUCGAGCCGGACGACUUUGAGCAACUUGACUCGAGCUUUGAGACAAUCUCGGAGACACCUUCUCCGGGACACGUCCCAAGCCCGCUCCUGGGCACCAACGGCCGUGGGGCACGACAACAGCAGCAAACUGACUUGGCCCGCGAAGCAGCCUCCGAACGAGAUGUCGACGGUGGGACGCGGUUCCAUUCGAAGUCGCUGGCGCUGGACCCGUCGAUGGAUGCCAGGGAUAUCAUCGCUGGACUAGCAAGCCAUCCAGAGGAAAGCUUUAUCUUUGUCUGUGACAAGCCAGAAGGCGCACAGGCUCAGGGAAAGCCCAUGAACGAGGAUAGAACUGCAUCCAUCCAAAAUGGAUCCAACGCGGUGGUUUCAGCAGGGGACGCCCCGAUGGCCACGGUGCCCUCUGUCCGAACUCGACGGCUAUACUCCGAGUCGGACGACGACGAUGAUGACAGCGACGAUCACGAGCCUUUCUCUGCCGCGACCCUUGAGUAUCUUCAAAAGUACGGGCUCCUGACCCCAGGCUCUGCUUACGGUGCCCCUGCGGGUGAUUCGACCAGCGAGUCCGAUUCGUACAACGAUUAUUCGGCACGGCCCCGGCGACGCACGGCGUCGAGCUCAUAGCCAUGCGAGAGCUGCCCGACCAUCUGCGGCUGCUGGGCAACGGGGCCGAACCGAUGCGAGGGAUCCGAGUAUCGAUUGUGUGAAACGGGACAUUCAGCCUCGCUUUCGUUGGCCACCUUUUUGAAAUUGCAGACCAAUACACUCUUUCGCUGCUUCCAGGUCAUCUGCGGU